CACCCCUGAGCUGGGGUCUGGGACAUAGCCUUUAAAACCCAUCUCUCAUUACUUAAUAUGAAUUAAUUUUAGGCAUGUCCGCCAUUACAUGAAUUGCCAUCAUUUAAAAAUCUAAAUACUUGAUCAAAACAACAGUCCAUAACAUUUUUAUUUCCAGACUGCACCGUUAUAACAGGCUACCGUCUCUUAAUUAAAUCCAGGAGAGCAGCACUUUCAAAGCAACCUAUAAUUACAAUUAAAGAAUUUCAAAUGGAUUUUUUUCUCCCAGCUAAACGGGCGCAUCAGCGACGGGACCGCAGGUGCGCAGACUGCGGGACGCCGCCGUGAUGUGCGGCUCACAUGCCCUGAGGGGGGAGUGACCGGACCGAGGGACCAACACUCACCGGUGUACGGUGCCUUUAAAUGAAAACACAAUCCGGACGGGAGAGGAAUAUGGAGGAAACAGGGGGUCCGAACACUGAGCGACAAAAUAUGCAUUAAGUUCUUUAUUUAAGUAGGGGGUAAAAUGCGCGUUUCGUACUAAUGAUUUGAAUGAAUAAAAGUGCCCUGUGGGUCCCGUCGGGGGAGGCAUGGAGAAGAACGGGAUUGAUAAAACAUUUUCCAAGCCGGAUCGCGGGAAGGCGGCGAGAAACGACGGGACAGGCGAGUCCCGCAGCCCGGCGUCGGCUCCAGGCGGCGUCCCGGCCAGCCGGGGCGCGGAUGUCAGAGGGGCGCCGGGGAGCGGCUCCCCUGGGCGGCAGGCUGACCCGCGGCGUGUGGAGGGGCUGCUGCGCAAAUACACCAAUUUGGUCCAGGGCUGGCAACACAGGUACUUUGUGCUGGACACAGACUGUGGGCAACUUCACUACUUCGUCAGCGAACCUGGGGAGGGCCAGAAGCCGCGGGGUUCGCUCCCCCUGCCCGGGGCCACAGUGUGCCCCAGCGAAGAAGCUCCCCACACCUUCACUGUGGUGUCUGCUGCCGGCGAGUUCUACAGGCUCCGAGCGGCCAAUGCCAGAGAGCAGCAUUUCUGGAUGAACCAUCUCCUGGCCUCCACCAGGUGGCACUCUAAUGGAAGCACUGAGGUGGGAAAAUGGAAGCAUCCUGUUGAGCACUCGUAUGUAGAAAGAACACACAUCGGCCAGGAUGGACAGCUGCUUCCCCAGGGCUCGUCCUCCCCAGGUUGGCCCGGCAGCCUCACGCUUCUCACGGCUGGCUCCCCCCCUCCCGGGAUUCUGAGGCCACCGUCCGCCUCGGCAGUGUCCCGGGGUAUCGUCACCAUCAUCCACAACAAGUCGCCCGACUCCAGGAACCGGUACUCCCGAAGGCUGCAGGAGGUCCAGGAGGUCAUGAACCAGGCCGAGGGGAAGCAGAAGAGUCUGGUGCACUGCAUAGAGUCGCUGCCGACCUGCGGGCCGGUAUCCUGCCUGGACCAGGACCUGCUGCUCCUGAAGGCCACCUCUACUGCCACACUGGACUGCCUGGGCGAGUGUCUGAGCAUUCUGCAGCAGAGGGCCUCGCAGGCCGGUCCGCCUGGCCCACCCUCCCUGGGUGGAGCCCCGCCUACCCCGGGCCACGCCCCGCCUACCCCGGGCCACGCCCCGCCUACCCCGGGCCACGCCCCCCCCUUCGGUGAGUCGGUCCCGGAUGCCCUGUUGUCCGGCCCCUUGAGCUUCGAGGCGACCAGCCUCGCGAGUUCUGACCCCAGCGACGGGCACCUGGAGAUAAAAUGUGACUCGUGUCCCUGUUUGUCUGCACCUAUGCAACUGAGUUUAUGCAAUAAAUGCUGCUGAAAGCCAAAGCCAAUACUAUUAUUUUUACAGUCCCUGCUGUCCUUCUACAUUUUAUUUUCUCAGUGCCUUGCAUUUCGAAGAGCUCAAAAUUCUGUGGCUCUUUUUUGGGGGGGGGAGUGGGAUGACUGAUAUGUUUUACAGCUCAAUAAUGUUUACAAGCAAAGAGUAAUGUGUGCAGCUCUGUUCAGUGCAUGCAGGCAAACUGAUGUCCAGCGUGAGUAUUUCCUUGUAUGUGCAGAUGGACUGUGUUCAUGCCACAGAAAAGACAAGACGGUGCCUAAGGCCUGACCUUUCUGCCAUGUUCACUCUUCCUGUGCCAAAGUGGAACAAAUAAAGACCUCCUGAAAGCAAAAACUGUAAGAUGAGUUCUGCAUGUUUUGACAGACAUAGCCCCACCCAGUGGUCGGAGGACUGUACUGCAGGAAUUCGAGGAACAUGCCCUAUGUCCCAGUUGGGCAAGGCCUUUUUGUGUUAUUAAUCCUGCCUUGGGUUCUGGGGGACAGAGUAAGGACAUCCAGGUGCACGACGGACUGCUGCCUGUCUUGUCUGAUCAAGGUGGCUGAUUGGUUCCUGUAUCUCAGGGCAUCUCUCCCAUAGACGCGACCAAUCUAUGAAUGCAAAAGAAGGAUACAGAUGAUAUUUCUGAUGGGAUGAAAGACUUCUCUGGUGCCUUCCCAUCUCGUGCUGGUGACGUUAUGCAAAGAUCCAUGUUUUUUUCCCCCAGUUCCGCUCCAGCCAGAACUGGUGAAAGUCACCGUUCAGAUUUCUCAUCCCAUAAUUUCAUUCUGCCUUCAAAACGGACAUGUCAGACUCAUCAGCCGGCCCGCUGGGGCUUGCCUGCUCUUCAGGAAGUCCUCAAGUGUGAAGAGUUUGGUUUUGGUUCAAGAUUUUGAAAUCUCCUACCAGGUGGUGUACAUUGUAUCGGAUGAAGAGCGCCUGAUUGACACCCCUGACUUCCACUGAGCUCUCUGCUGCCCCCUGGAGGAUGAGCUUAAUCCGAAAGCCGGACUCCCAAGGGCACCGAUUGUAAUUUACGCUCUGUUGUCAGCCUUUACAAGCAGCAGGCGCCAUUGUCCACAGAGACGUACAGCUAAUGAAACAGCCUUAGUGACAGCUGUCAGAGAGGAGGGGCAUUACUGAAGCCCCCUGGCAUGAUACUGGAAAAGGACCAAGGGGAGUGAAGAGACCAAAGUGAUUGGUUCUCUUGCUCUGUUGCCACCAAUCAGAUUCUAGAUAUUGAGCAGAGUUUAUGGAGGAUGGGUGGACGGAUGAGUUUUCCCUGUGUGAGAGAGGACAGUCCUCAUGGCACCACGUCACCAUGUGCUUGGGGUGGGUGACUUGGAUUGUGCCCCAGAGCACAAGUGAUACCUUAAUGUAUCCUGCAUGCCCAGGUAUGUUUAACAUCCUCACUCCUGAACAGCCUACCUGAUGAAGAAAUGUUGCUUAUGGUGUCUUUCACGUCUAUGUUGGAUGUAUCACACUUAUUUUGCUGACACAACAUAGGGCCUGGUUAAGGGCCCCAACAGCAAGCCGGCCAUGGGAUUCAAACCCACAACCUUCUGCGCUGCUUUUCUAUAGGUCAUUGACAUCCCGCACACAACCACCAGGUUUCACAAUUUCAGAAUGAAGUCUGCAACUCCAAAAAUAAAAACUGACAGCAGGUUGCGCAGGAACUGAAUGUGGAAGCAAAACACUUCUGACAUAAGGACCCAGGGGGGCAUGCUGUUGUACCUUUGGGUGGGUGCUUAAUUUGGAUGUUUUCAGUAUAACUGGCUGCUUUUGUAAUACGACACGAUUGGAUGGUUGGGAUAAGAUGUUUUCGCGUUCAGUGGGCCGGGUGUGCAAGUGUUUUCUCGUCCCUGCUGCCUGGUGGGUGCUGGGUUACCCCCCCGCGGAAGACGCAUCCAGGCGAAUGGGACGUCUAGUGCCCCCCCCAGGAGACAUCUGGUGGCCCCGUGGGGAUGGGAGAGGCGGGCCCAAUGCACGAGGCGUGAUGAGGAAUCAGGCCACACUGCUUGGGGACUCUGUAUGCGGUUUUAGGUCAUACAGACGAAGCCACAUAAAAUCAAGCCUCUACUCUCAUUUUUAUUCUCUCCUCCCCUGCAACAUUUCAUUUAGCCUACUCCUUCACCCCCCCCCACCCCACCCCCAAUACAUAAGGAUAAGUGAAUCUCGAGGACCCCAAGGAAUGCUGUGAAAAUCCAGUGCUUUUUUUUUCUCCCUUCCAAGUCCUGAAUUCUGCUGCAAAACAAUCUCUCUUGUAAAAAUGUAAUAAAUGCCCCAACAGUGAAAUUCUGCAGACUGCGGGAUUAGAUCCAACAACCUUCCGAUCACAGCCACAGCAGCUGAACCCACAGAGCCCCUUUAAGCUUGGACCCGAAACCCUGCAGCAGAAGGAUUUCAAGAGAUGUUGAUUUUUUUUGUUUGUUUGUCCGCAUCCCCUGCGAAGGUGCAGAGUCCCAUCCAGGGUCUGUCCCCUGCGCUUCCUGGGACAGAGUCGGCUCACCGUGACCCUGGCUUGGACGAAUAGUUUCAGAAAAAAGGGACUGAGGGAACGAAUUUAAAAUACUUCUGUCAGUCAUUAUUUUUAUGACUUGGGAUAUCGGCAUCGUUAAAUAUAAAUUGGAUAAUUAACUUGUC